AAACUGCAAUUAGAUGCCAAUUCCGUUCAAUACACAUUUCUAAUUUUGGCGUAACUAUAUAUAUGUUUAUGUAAAUAAAUUACAUGUCAAGUCUUUAAACCCUAAAAUGUCAUUUUUGGGAAUUGUGGGAGCAAGCCAGAAAAAACUCGCUGGAAGGUCUUGAGAUGAGCUUUGAAAACGGAAACUCGACUUUGAAGUUGACACGAUUCAUCGUCGUUCUUUGCGGUAGAUAAAGAAUAUAUGUCCAUGAGUCUUGUUAUAUCUCUCUACAUAAAAUAACUAUACUGUUCCCGAUACAUAAUUAACUGCUUAGCCACUUGUUCUUUCCAGGCUUCAAUUGAAAGAAACAUGAACUCUGACCGAGUGGUACAAGUACUAAAUAAACCUCACAGUCUUCACAACAAAGCCGUAUUUAAAUUGUAGUUCAAGUUCAACUAUAUUUAGACCACUAUCGAAAGACAAAUGCAAACAUCAUUUCGGAACGAAAACUUUUGCGCAAGUACUUUUCCUCAUAUGCUUGAAUUGUAUACGUGCGUACAUACUGUAAAUUUACGGUCUUGUUAAUUGACCCUGCUCAAGGAUUUUGAUUGGAUCAAACCCGGUCAAGGACAACGCGUCUGGAGCCGCCUUUGUUAUGGGAGUAGUGGAGACUUAGUUAUCAUGUGGGCUCCAUUAAUUCCAAUUCAUUUUAGCUGCGCGAUAAGUGGCAGCGUCUGACUGUCUGGACUCUCACCAGUCCGGGCGCUGUGUCGGGAGAUAAAGUCAGCCCUGUUAUGGGAAGGCGGCCUCCUUCCACUCUCUUCUACCGCUUCCAAGUCUCAUGAAGAGCGUUGGUGUUUGCCACUGUAGGGUUAAAUAUACGCCGUGUUCUAUUUUUAUAUGCAAAGAGGGAGGAUGACAUUUAAAAAUAGUCAUCGUAGUCAUCGUAGCAUCUUGGUGACAGAGCAGUUUGACUAUAUACUUUGUAAUUCUCAUUGGAGCUAGUUUUAGAUGUCAAUUUUUAUUUUUAUUAUUGUCACUAACCCAUUUGCAUGAAAAAGAAAAACCUAAAUAGAAACCAAAUUAAAUGAGAAGUCAUAGUAAUGUCAUGCAGGCUUGUUAGCUUUGUAAAGCAGCUUUUACAAGCAAGGAAAUAAUUGCUAGCUUGACGACUUCUUGAAAAAUAGCAGAUUGCUCCAUUAUGCAAGUGAGUGUUGAGUUCAUGAAUUGAGUUCAAGUUUCUCUUGUCCUCCGUGGCCUUGUAUGUUUAAAUGAAAUGAAAAUAAAAACAUGUUUUCUGCAGACUUUUGCAAGGAAAAAAACAACAAGGCGAAUGGGAAGCUUUUGCUUUCCAAGGGCAAAGGAGGAGUUUGUGUUUUGGGGAGGCAACAUGACUUGUUUCUCACACUUAAAUUGCAACACAUCUCACUCCCGCUUGAAUGUAGCGCCACUUACUCAAAGCCUUAUACAGUAUUGUAAAUCUAGCACCAAAGAGUGCCUAUGUAUGGAUGUUUUGUCGGAUUGUACCUGAAGACUGCAGCAUGAACUUCCGUGCAAGAAGAGUAACCUUGCCUGCCAUCACACCUCUUUGUCUGCAGAAGCGGGUAAUUAAGAUUUAUAAUGAAGAUAACACCAGCAGGGCGGUGGAGGUCCCCAGUGACAUCGUUGCCCGGGACAUAUGUCAACUGUUUGCCUUGAAGAGCCACUGCUUGGAUGAACACAGCUUGACUCUUUACGAGCAUCUCUCCCAUCUGGGAAUCGAGAGAAUCAUCGAGGACCAUGAGUCAAUCAUGGAAGUGAUCUCCAGCUGGGGGAUGGAAGAAGACAACCGGCUAAAUAUCAGGAAGAACUAUGCAAAAUAUGAGUUUUUUCGGAAGCCUUUGGACUUCUUCCCCAACCACAUGGUGUCCAUAUCCGGUGGAAACAAUAUGGUGGUGGAUCACUCUCAGCUUGUAGAGAUCUUUCUCAGCUCCGGCACCUGCCCAGAGAUUCACGGACACCUCCACUCCAAGGAACCGAGCAAGAAGUCCUGGAAGAAGUUGUACUUUAUCUUGCGGAGGUCAGGGCUAUAUGUCUCCAGUAAAGGAACUUCUAAGGAGCCAUGGCAUCUUCAGUUCAUCGCUGAUUUGAGCGACUCCAAUGUCUACACGUUGUCAGCCAAAAAAGCCCACGGGGCUCCCACUGAAUUUGGCUUCUGUGUCAAGUCCACAAAGUGCACUUCAUCCCGAGACAUGAAGCUGCUGUGUGCCGAUGAUGAGCAGAUAAGGACGUGUUGGAUCACAGCCGUGCGAUUGUUCAAGCAUGGAAUGCAACUGUACCAAAACUUCAUCCAGCCGCACCAGAAACAAAAAGCUUCCCUGAUGUGUGUUGAAAUGAAACCUGAAGAGUCGUUUCAGCGAAGCAUCUCCGAGAACUCCCUGGUGGCCAUGGACUUCUCAGGCCAGAAGAGUCGGGUGAUCGAAAACCCCUCGGAGGUUCUUUCGGUGGCCGUGCAGGAAGGCCUGGCGUGGCGGAGGAAAAGCUGCCAUCGACUAAGUGCACACGGAAGCCCUUCUGCAUCCCAGAGCUCACUAAAUAUCGCUCUCCAUUUAGCUCAGCCCUGGUUUCACGGCAAGCUGUCACGGGACGAAGCUCAGCGUCUGAUCACUCAGCAGGGUCCCAUCGAUGGGUUAUUUCUUCUGAGGGACAGUCAGAGCAACCCCAAGACAUAUGUACUGUCCUUGUGCCACAUGCAAAAAGUCAAACACUUCCAAAUCUUACCUCAGCUGGAUGACGCAGGCGAGUUAGCCUACAGCCUGGACGACGGUCACACACGCUUCUCGGACUUGAUUCAGCUGGUGGAGUUCUACCAGCUGAACCGCGGCGUGCUGCCCUGCAAACUCAAACAACAUUGUGCCGGGACCACCCUGUGACCAGCGGCCUCCUCUCUGGCUCCUUCACACACGCUGAUUUUGUGCGCAUAUGCACAAUUAUGCAAAGACUGGACGGGCUUGUGAGGUGCGUCAUCCACUGACUGGCUGAAAGAGCAAAAUUACACACCAUUUAUGUGACUGUCAGCUUCCAUUGUAAUAUAACAAAUUAUUACUUCUUGUAAUGAUGGAUUCAGGUCUGCAUUUUGUAAUCAUUUGAAGAGCCCCUCGCCCCGUCUGAUUUAUAUUCAAAGUCUAAGGAUAAAAGAAAACCUU